CGUGUGCACCCCCAGCGCCUAAAUCUUUUUAUGUUUCAGUUUGUAUAUACAUAACUCCCUUAUCUUUUUUUUCUUUUAUUUUAAUUCUGUUUGCAAAUCUCAUGUAACAGUUAAUUUUUAAAGUUAAGUGUCAACUAGGAUGCCAACUAAGACUGCCACAGUGUACAUCUAUAUACACGUGGAAUACUUUUAUUGAUAUCAAAAAUUUAGUUAUUUCCCUCUUCUUUACAGGUGACUGGCAGCCGGUGGCGGAGGAUGGCAGAUUAAGGGGAAGAGAUGGGAUUGAGAUUUUUGGGCCUUGGGGAAGUCGAUGGUGCUUUGUUCAUUUCUUGACGGAGAAACACGAAGAGGAGAACGAGAAGAGACAAGGGAGAGUGAGAGAGAACUCUGAGAGGAUCAGGGAUGGGGUUUUGAGGGGGCUGAGAAGCUAUUCGUGCCUAUGUUUGCUCACCGACGUCGAGAAACAUCCAAGCUUGUUUGGGCAGAGAGAUUCAACAUGAAAUUUUCUUAAUUUUUUUUUUUUUAUUUCUUUCUUCAUUUAUGGUAGGAGUUUUGAGAUUUUUUUGUUGUCUUGCUUUGAAUUUGAGAUUUGAGAUUUGGGAUUGGAUAUUUUUUUGUCUUCUUUGGAUCUGAAAUAUUUGAGAUUUUGAAUUGGAUUUUUUUUUUCUUUUGUCUUACUUUGUGAUCUUAGAUUUUAGAUUUGAGAUUGUCUUUGGAUAUAAGAUUUGAUCAGAUUUUAGUUUUCAUGUAUUUGAAUCUGAGAGAUUUUUGGAAAUAAAAUGUGGAUGCAACUGCUGCGGUUGUACUGGAGAUAGGGGUCACGACAAUAACAAUGGUGGUGGUGAUGAUUUGGUGAUGGUGGUGAUGAUGGAGAAAAUUUAAAAGUUAUUGAAAUAAUUAAAAAAUUUGGUACCAAUAAGAGUAUAUCAUGUGUACAUAGAUGUACACAAUGGUAGUCUUAAUUGGCUUCUUAGUUGGCACUUAACUAAAAAAAAACUAACUGUUACAUGAGAUUUGCAAACAGAACUAAACUAAAGACCAUUUUACUAAAAAAAAAUAAGAGAAUUAUAUGUAUACCAAAUUAAAUCAUAAAAGGGUUUGACCACAAAUUUCCCUUAUUAUUAUCAUACCAAAAGCUAAAGAAAAACUGCAUAUGACAAAACCAAGCAAUAAAUAUAGUUUUUGACCAAUAUGUGUAAUAAAUACAUUUUAUAUGUAUGUAUAAUAUAUUAUAUAUAUAUAUACUUUUAUCUUUUUAAUGAGUCAAAGUACACCAAUAAAAACCACAGCAGGCACAUCUAAUCAAGUGCCUAACCAUUUCACAGAACUCAUACAUCUCUCUCUCUCUCUCUCUCUCUCUCUCUCUCUCUCUCUCUCUCUCUCUCUCCUGCACCAAUUUUCCUCCAUAACCAAAAGGUUUCAAAACCCAGAAAAAUCAAUUAAACCUCAAAAAUGGAUAAUAAUCAUCCAAAAUUAAAGAUCCAUUACCACUCUUUAUUGGGUUCUAAAUCUAAUAAUAUUGCACUAAUAAUCUUCCUCUUCUUAACCGUUACAGUUAUUCUUAGUCUCUUCAUUUGGUCACCUCCUUACUUCUCAAUAUUCCAAACACAACAAAUCAUCCAAUGUAGUCACCCUUCAAAUUCAACGACAGGUUUUGAGAUGACCCCAAAAAUAAAUAUUGAAGAUGAGCUAGAAUUAGCAUUGGCUAAAGCCUCAAUGGGAAACAAGACAGUUAUAAUAGUUGUGAUCAAUAGGGCUUAUGCAGAGCAAGAUUUGAAAGGUGACACUACAAUGCUUGAUAUUUUCUUAGACAGUUUUUGGUUAGGUGGUGAAGAGACUAGGAAGCUACGUGAUCAUCUUCUGAUCGUGGCGGUUGAUCAAACGGCCUACGAUCGUUGCCAGUUCUUGAGACUUAAUUGCUUUAGAUUAGAAACGGACGGUGUGGAUUUCAGGGGUGAGAAGCUCUUUAUGUCUCAAGAAUUCAUUAAGAUGAUGUGGAGAAGAACUUUGUUUCUCUUGGAUGUUCUUAAACGCGGUUAUAGCUUCGUCUUUACGGACAUGGACGUAAUGUGGCUCAGAAACCCAUUCGAAAGACUAAGCAAAAAUGAAACAGAAGAUUUACAAAUAAGCACAGAUAUGUUCUUUGGAGAUCCAUGGAACAAAAAUCAUUUAAUAAACACAGGAUUUUACUACAUAAGAUCAAACAACAGAACUAUAGCUUUGUUUGAUAAGUGGUACUCCAUGAAAGACAACUCAACGGGCCUUAAAGAACAAGAUGUCUUAUUGGGCCUAAUCCGUGGUGGCAUAAUUGACCAAUUGGGCCUCAGAGUAAGGUUCUUGGAUACAAAAUACUUUAGUGGGUUUUGCCAAGACAGUAAGGAUUUUAAGGCAGUCACCACUGUCCAUGCCAAUUGUUGUAGAAGCAUCACCGCUAAGGUCACUGAUUUAAGGACUGUUUUAAAAGAUUGGAAGAGGUAUAAGAAGAUUAUGUCAUAUAAACGCUUUGCUAAUAAUGUUAAUGUCACUCAGACUUUCAAGUGGACUGGCCACUGGGGGUGUUGGAGCUCUUGGAAAGUUGGUAAUAAUAAGACUAGUAAUUAAUGUGAUUAAGAAACAAGAUUAAUUAAAGAGUUUGUAAUAAUAAGAUUAGUUUAAAUAGGUUAUAGGUUUCAUUUUAUGUAUUGAUUGGUUGAUAAUGUCAAAGGCUGAAAUAAAAAGGAAAUGAGAAAUGGGUGUUGUAGUUUAUUUGCUUGUGUAUGAUUUGCUUGUUACAUGUUUGUAGUGUUUUAUCUC